AUGGUGAUAUCAACAGCAAAGAUUCCCAUUGUUCGGUUUACCUCAAAAGAAGGAAUUCAAGUGGAUAUCCAGUUCGGAAAUAUCGAACCAAUUCGAAGCACCUUAUAUGUCAGAACUUGUGUAGAGUUCGACGAGCGGGUGAAAUUUAUUAUCUACUGGCUAUCAAAUCAAUUUAAUAAUGAAGGAAUAUUGAAUAGUUCGGCGCGAUUAUUCUCAAGAUAUCAUGUAAAUCUACUCGCUAUUCAUUUUCUACAGGCAAUGCCUUAUCCGGUGCUUCCGAAUCUUAUCUUGGUCUGCCCAUGGCUGAAGCCGCAUAGUAAUUGGAAUAACGCUGUGAAAGUUUUACAGAAGCAGGGCUCAAUCUACGUUCCAUUUUCUGAAUCAUCUAAUGAGAUGAGCAUUGGAUUCAUAAUUAUUCAAAUGAUUGAUUACUUUUCUCAGGUUUUCGAUUUUUGGAAAAUGUCAACUCCAGAAACAUCGACGAUUUUGAAGCCGUCCGAAGCUGUUCGAGGAAUGACGAAUCUCGAUAAGAGCCAGUUCAGUGUGAAUGUCGAUUUUCCUGUCAUAGUAGUGGAUUCUCACGAUGUUGGAAAGCUGUCACGACGAAUCGGACUUCAAGAUUAUCUCAUUGGAUCGAAAUACAAGCCAUUAAAGAGUUUCAUGGAUAAAGAAAAUGAUAUGAAAGAAGUGGUUUUCCAUCCAGAUAAGGUCAACUCAGAAGACGUGAGAAAUAAAAUUCUUAAAAUAAUUGAGAAUCAAUUAGGAGAGGAGAAGACAUCAAAAUUAAAAUUUGAUACGUCAACAAAAGAGCUGACGUUUGAACAUUUUGACGCGAAAACGCUUAUUAAAUCAGUUUUGCCGAACGAAUUAGAUUUCAGUAGUUUUACUCAAACUGGUCACAUAAUUCAUUGCAACUUUGUUGAUAAAUUACUUCCGUUUAGAUAUGUGAUUGCGAAUAUCCUAUUGGAAAAGAAUCAAAAAUGCAGAACAGUUGUCCAGAAAGGUGACAUAAUUACAAGUGUCUACAGGAAUUUGGACUUGGAGUUACUAGCAGGAGAACAGGAUUACGUAACUGAACUAAAGGAGGAAGGGCUUAGAUACAAAUUGGAUUUCAGCAAGGUUUAUUGGAACUCUCGACUUAGCAAUGAGCAUAUUCGUAUUAUUAAUCGGUUCAAUUCGCAGUCGAUUGUUUAUGACGCCUGUUGUGGAAUUGGGCCAUUUGUUCUACCAGCUUAUUCGAAAAAGAAGCCUCGACGAAUUAUUGCCAACGAUCUGAACCCGGAAAGUGUUAAAUGGUUGAUAACCAACAUUGAAUUAAAUCAUAUCAAAACAGAAGCAAUCGAAGUUCAUAACAUUGACGCGAUGGAGUUCAUUAAGACAAUCGUUGCUGAAGACGCCGUAAAGGAAAUGAAAGCCUAUUGCCCUCCGAAAUCGCCAGGAGAAGAACCACAGAUUCACGUUGUUAUGAAUCUCCCAGCUUUUGCUAUAAACUUUUUGCCAGCGUUCCGAGGAGUUCUGAGAAAUAGGAUUGACGACAUAGAUGAAAGUAAAAGAUUUAAAUGGAACGUACACUGCUAUCUAUUUGCAAAGUCGCAUGUUGAUGUAGAAGAUGAUUGGUACGAAAAAGAAGCGAGAAGGAUGGUAGAUGAAAUGAUUGGGUGGAAACAUUCCCUGAUCGAGAGUUGCCACAAUGUACGAACAGUAUCAUCCAGAAAAGAAAUGUUCUGUGUUCAUAUCGAACUCUCCUACGAUUAUUUGACGGCAGAAGAAAACCAGACUGACGAUGAACCAUGUAAUAAACGGAUUAAAACCUAA